UGGUGUUAUUUUCACGUUUUCUGCUAACCCGGUCAGCCCGGCACGUCCCUGUCACAGCGCUGCAGCCCGGCUCGGGCAGCAUUACCCGAGUGCUUAUAGCAGUGCUCUUUGUUUGGUUUGGUUUUUUUCUUUUUCCCUUUGGACUUUGUGAGGCUUGAGUGUGAGGCUUCCUUGACCGUGCUGUGGGAUUGUAUGUUAUGAAAAAAGCUGCUGGCAGCAACAGCCAGAGAUCCUGAGGUUUUCUUUUGCUGCCCUGCACCUGUUCUGCAGCUCUGCUACAAAGAGGUGACACCAAGGAAAGCCUUUAAUGCCCGUGGGGAUUCCAACAGGAAAAUUUUCUUGACCUUGUGUCUGGGUAGUUCUUGAGGAUGGCAAGCAAAGGACCCACAGCUCCUACAUCAACCAAGAGCUCCAGCACUGGGGGGACCAGUGGCAGCAGCAGUAACGGUCCCGGGGACAACACUAAUCAGGACAACACUUUUGAAUGUAACAUCUGCUUGGACACUGCCAAGGAUGCAGUGAUCAGCUUGUGUGGGCACCUCUUCUGUUGGCCUUGUUUACAUCAGUGGCUAGAGACCAGGCCAAACAGGCAAGUGUGUCCUGUGUGUAAAGCAGGAAUCAGUCGAGAUAAAGUUAUUCCUCUGUAUGGAAGAGGUAGCACUGGGCAGCAGGACCCCAGAGAGAAAACUCCACCACGACCCCAAGGACAGAGACCUGAACCAGAGAACAGAGGGGGAUUCCAGGGCUUUGGCUUUGGUGAUGGUGGCUUCCAGAUGUCCUUUGGAAUUGGGGCGUUUCCCUUUGGUAUAUUUGCAACAGCCUUCAACAUAAACGACGGGCGACCUCCUCCAGCUGUUCCAGGGACUCCUCAAUAUGUGGAUGAGCAGUUCCUUUCCCGCCUCUUCCUGUUUGUGGCACUGGUGAUAAUGUUCUGGCUGUUGAUUGCAUAAAUCUUUUCCAUUAUUCUAUAUAUUCAUGACCAACAAGGCCACUGAAAGUUACAAACUGCAUCCCCAUCCCACUUUAAACCUCUUGGUCUGGUUCCGUAGCUAACUAUGGGCUUCAGGAAUUGGUGGUACCACAGCACAAUGAGGAAUCUCGCAUUUUGCACCAGAGUUGGAAAUUAAACAUUGGUUAAAAAGCGUAUUUCAGCUCAGAUAUCUUGUACAACAGGUUCCUGCCACAAACCACGGGCCUAGCGUUGAGCUGUGCUCCCAAGGGAGUGCUGCUCUGAAAUCCUGUGCCAAUCAGUGACACCAGGUCUGUGGGACAGACAGGGACCCCCAGGUCCUGGGGGUUUCCUGGGCAGGUCAGGAAACUUCUCCAGUGUGACCAGUAUCUCAUGCUUUGCAACCACGAUGGAUCUGCCAGAGCUGCAGAUGUUAUUUAAUGUCUCCAUCGACAUCCAGCCUUCUCCAGGAAAUCACCUGCAGCACUGCUGACACUCUUUGGGCACAGCACGUGGUGCAAAUGGAACCAGGUCCGGAGACUGGUUCCUUUUCCUGCUGUUGUUUCCCGGCGUGAUGGAAACCCCUUCCUGACGCGGUUCUGACGGCUGCUGGAAGAAGGGAUACAAAUUUAUGCUGCAAUUUUUUAAAGCCUGAACAUGCUGGAGCCAGACACUGGAAGGAUUCUCUGGCUGUGGAGCCAGGUGGGGCUGGACACAGCCGCUGCCUCACCCAGCCCAGUUCCUCACUGACCAGCAGUGUUUCUCCCCUGGCUCUGCACAGCCCCGGGGCUGCACUCGUGGAUAAUCCCCUCACCCCUCACAACCUCGUCACGGUAGCGACAGUUAUCCCCUCCCAAGGCUUUGAGACUUUCUACACAAGGUCACGUCCUCCAAAUAAAAUCCUAUUACAGAUCCGAGAUCAGCUCGUUCGGGGAGAGGAACAAAAGGCAUCUUUACGUGAGGUUUGAGGUUAAACCUGUCAUACUGUAAAAUUGCACAGGAGGAAAAAUGAGAUCCUGCCUUUGCCAGCACAUGCACGGUAGGGAACACUUGGAAGACCUUCUCUCUGCAGGUGCACACAGCUUCUCCGAGCCACAGCAGAACGGCCACAGCACAAGAGUCUCUGCAGUAUCUACCAAAGAGUUUAAUUUGAAGUGCUGGAGGAGACCACAACCAUUAAUGUGCUGAGGGGAUAUUUCAGAAGGUGAGCACUCUGUAGCCAUUUUGGAAUCCUGCUGGGUAUUCAGCUUUAAAGAGUACUCCUGAUGUAUUUGUGUAGAUUCCUUCACAACAGCAGAUACGAGAGAUUCCCUAGCAAGAUUAACAGUUUUCAUAUUUCUCUGACUAGGCAAUUCCAUUUUUUUUUCUCUUAUUGUUUUUAGAUUGUUUCGAUUCAGGUGGCUGAUAGUCUCAUUGAUUUCCUGCAAGAUGAAUAUUGUGACUUCUCUGACAAUAGACAGAAAACUGACAAAACAAAUCAACAAAUAGAAACUUUGUUUCAAUAGCUUGGGGUUUUUCUAGUGUAUAAGGAAGAGGUUCCUGGGCAGGACACCUUAAUUGUUGUAGAAGCUUAUUUAUGUGAUUAUAAACUGUUCACUUCUAGUGUCAAGACAGAGGAUGACUGAAGUUUAACUUGCCUACCUCCAAAACUCCAUCUGGCAAGUAGAAUGUUGCAAAGCUUCUGCAGUGUUUUGCCACAUGUGGUCAAAUUUAUACCUGACUGGAUGAUAGUCUGGCACAGUAUAUUGCUCAACUAUUUAUAGUUGAAGUGGUGCUUCAGCUUUUGUUGUGUGGCACUUUUGGGAAGCUGAACUUCUGCACAGGGUUCUUCCCAAGUGCAUAACAUGUAACUGGGGCCCUUUCCAGGAGAAAGGCUGUUUGUGUGGCUGUCCUGCAAUGUCGCAGCUUCGGGCUCCUCUCCUGCUCCUCUCCUGCUCAGCCAGCACCACCUGCUGAUGGGAAGGGAGGGCCCAUGUGAUGGGAAGGGGUGGAUUCCUUCUCCUUUUUGAGUGGAGAAACUCGCUGCUGGGAGCAGAGGUCGUCCAGGGAGGAGCAGGGUAUCCCUUGGAAGCCUUUUUCCCAUAAAGAGGAGAGAGAACUGACUGCAAUAGGUUCAAGAGGUAUUGAAACAUAUUUAACUAGGACUUAUGUUUUAAAAUACGGAAUUUUAAUGCAUUGGGGGGGCUUUCCAUCUAUGGGUGAGAGAUAUAAUGGAUUUAGAGGAGGCUGCAGAAACAUGACUGAGAGCUCUUAUUUUCGGGCAAUUCCAAGAUGAAAUAGUCUAAAAGUGUUAACGCUUGGUUCCCCCCUUUCCCCGGUGUGCUUUUGUAUGUACCCCUGCCCCGCACCCGCCCGCACACGGCCCGGACGGCUCGGUUAGUGCGUUACCGUUCUUCCUUCUCCUCCUCCUUCUCCUCCUCCUCCUCCUCACUAAUUUUCACUGUUGUGAAAGUGAUUUAGAAUUAAAAAAAAAAAAAUGGUUUUACAUU